CUCUGGCUUCAUGUUGCACUAGACAGCCACUGGCUGUUUGUAAACACAUAUUUAUUUUUUGUCUAAACGUGCUGCACAUAAUACGAUAUUUACGCAGCAGUAUACUUGUAUUCAUAUGAGGCCAGUUUCCAGCGUAAACAAUUCCUGGCCUUCUCCAAGAGCGGACACUCGUCUUAUCUUCGUAAGGGACAGAAUUUUGGACAUAACUGUGGUCACCCUCUAACUGCACAGCAAGGUCGUCCCAUGUCUUGAUAGAUCAGGGCUGGCUGAACCAUAUCUCUCUACCAUAAGAUGCACUAUGUGGCGAAUGCCUCUCUGUCCUUUGGUUCCCUGGGUCUGCUCCGUCUCUUCGGGGCGUCCUGGUCCUGGAGCCUCGCCGCGGGUCUCGGGGUUUAUCUGGGCACAGGAGGCUGGCGUUACCUGUAUGUGGUAGUCCGUACAGCUAAAAGAGACCUCAAUGGUCUGUACGUGCUCCUGAGGGUUAAACUGGCACUGUGGCAUCAUAUCAGUCACCGCAACACCAUACCCUCAAUCUUUGCCCACACUGUAGCUCAGUACCCAAACAAGCCUGCGCUCGUGUAUGAAGCCACUGGAGAAACGUGGACUUUCACCCAGUUAGAUCAGCUCUCCAAUUCUGUGGCCCACUGGGCGCUGAGCCAGGGCUGGACCUCUGGGGAUGUGGUUGCGCUUUUCAUGGAGAGCCAACCGCUCCAAGUGGCACUCUGGCUUGGCCUGGCCAAAGUAGGCGUGGAGGCUGCGCUAAUUAACCUCAACCUCAGACGCGAUGCACUUCUGCACUGCGUGGGUGUGUCUGCAUCCCGAGGGAUGGUUUUUGGAGCAGAGCUGGCAGACGCUGUGUCUGAAGUGAGCGCUUCCUUGAGCGACAGCAUGGUUCGGUUCUGCACGGGUGACCUGAGACCAGACAAGAUGGCCGCUCUGAAAUCUCAGCCUUUCGACUCCAUUCUGGCUUCUGCUCCUCGACACCCACCACCCUACACCCAGUCCAAGGGCUUCAGUGAUCGUUUGUUCUAUAUCUACACUUCUGGCACCACAGGACUUCCUAAAGCUGCUAUAGUGGUGCACAGUCGAUAUUACAGGAUUGCUGCUUUUGGCUAUUAUUCUUUUCGUAUGCGGCCAGAUGACAUUAUCUAUGACUGUUUACCCCUUUACCACUCAGCAGGUAAUAUUAUGGGGGUAGGCCAGUGUCUAAUUAAUGGUCUAACUGUGGUGGUCAAGAAGAAGUUUUCUGCAAGUCGCUUCUGGGAAGACUGCAUCAAACACAACUGCACUGUUGUUCAAUACAUUGGCGAGAUUUGCCGUUACUUGCUGUCGCAGCCUGUACGGCCAUUAGAGCAACAGCACCGGGUUCGUUUGGCUGUGGGGAAUGGACUGCGGCCCAGCGUGUGGGAGGCCUUCAUGGAGCGUUUUGGGGUCAAACAGAUCGGCGAGUUCUAUGGAGCCACUGAGUGUAACUGCAGCAUUGCCAACAUGGAUGGCAAGAUUGGAGCAUGUGGGUUUAACAGUCGCAUUCUGCCAAAUGUCUACCCAAUAUGUCUGGUGAAAGUGAAUGAGGAAACCAUGGAACUGGUUCGAGACAACCAGGGACUGUGUGUGCCCUGCCAACCUGGCGAGCCUGGCCUGCUGGUGGGAAGAAUUAAUCAGCAGGAUCCUCUGCGGCGGUUCGAUGGGUACGCUAGUCAGGACGCCACCAGGAAGAAGAUUGCCCACAAUGUAUUCAAGAAAAAUGAUUCUGCAUAUCUGUCCGGUGAUGUUUUAGUUAUGGAUGAGCUUGGAUACAUGUAUUUCCGGGACCGGAGUGGUGACACGUUUCGUUGGAAAGGUGAGAACGUCUCCACUACUGAGGUGGAGGGAACACUGAGCAACAUGUUGGGACAGACAGACGUGGCAGUGUUUGGAGUAGCGGUACCAGGUACGGAGGGCAAGGCAGGUAUGGCUGCCAUCGCUGACUCAACAGGAAGCUUUAACUUUGAAUCUUUCCUGAGAGAGGUUCAGCAAGCUCUGCCUCCAUACGCACGGCCAGUAUUUCUACGCAUCUCCCCAUACGUAGAUACGACAGGAACAUUUAAAAUUCAGAAGACUAGAUUACAGAGGGAGGGAUAUGAUCCACGGCUCACAACUGACCAGAUCUAUGUUCUCAACUCCAGAGCAGGCCGUUAUGAGCUUGUGGAUGAGCAGAUGUUCAAUGCUUUCGAGGAGGGCAGGAUGUCACUUUGAGAUGAAUAUCAGGUAGCCUGAACCCUCCUGAUCAUCUUCUAACAUGUGACCUGCCCGUGCACCGAAAUGCAUGUGAAACCACUGAGAUUUGUCCUGCUAGUAUUCAGACACAUGCUUUAAUUAAUAGUAUAGCAUUUGAAAAGGUUUCCUCACUUUAGUAUUACAAGCUGUGCCUUGCCAAUGACAAACUGAAAUGUCUGAUAUGCAAUAGAUAAAACUGUUAAGAGUGAAUUAUUAUUUUAAUACAUUAUUCUGAUUUGAUGGUAGUGUACAUGCUAAUGAAUACUCCUGGACUUAUUUUACCAGUUUUACAAAAGACACUAAACCAGCAGAAUGACCAAUUCAACUCCACUAGAAUUUCUGGGGUCUAUGUACUGUAAAGAUUUUGACACCAUAUACUUAAUUUAUACCACUACAUGCUUGUUGAUUCAGGACUGAAGACUUUACCUGGAUAGAUGAUAAUGAGUGUAUGUUAACAGACUUGAGACUUUUGUUACUUAAACAGACAUAACAAGUGCCUUAGAUUUGACCUCUUUAACCAUGUGUGAAAUGAGAUCAGUUCAGUGCCCUAAUACUCAUGAUUUAGGUAAGUUUAUUUAGAUAAAUAAAAACUAAGAUAUAAUUAAGAGUUACCUUUUUUCUCUCUGAAUGAUGCAAUGAACUAAUAAAAGUUCUU